UCAUCCUCUGAGAGAGCCCUGAGGCUGUUCCUGUUCAGAAGAAAGUCACACUCCACAAGCAACAUGUCUCAGCUGGAAACUGCGAUGGGCAUGACCAUUGCUGUCUUUGACAAGUAUGCCAAGACUGACGGCAACAGGCAAACCCUCACCAAAGCCGAACUAAAGACCCUCCUGGAAAAAGAGCUCCCAAACUUCCUCGCGUCAGGGAAGGACAAGGAUGCCAUUGAUAAAGUCUUCAAGAACCUGGACGAAAACAGCGAUUCCCAAGUGGACUUCAGAGAAUUUGUCAUCUUUGUGGCAGCUCUGACUUGCUGCUGUCACAACUAUUUUGAGCAGAAAGCAGCCAAAUAAUUGUUGAAUUGCUUGCAAGAAGCUGUCUUUGCCUGUGCUCCAUAUGCUAGUGGUAUGGAUCCCUUCAUU